UCAAAAAUAGCACGUUCUAAAAUACUUUUAGCUCAAAUAAGUGAUAAAUUGUACACACAAAAAUCUAUUGAUGUCUUUAGUUCUUUCAAAAAUGUAAUAACAACAGCGUUUAAAUAAUUCCGAUAAAAGUACAUUUUUGAAAUUAAUAUUACACUUAAAUUUGCGCCAUGACAAAAGUUCUAGAAGUUUCCGAGGAAAACUUGGAUGAUCUGCUAGCCUACGAUGAUACUUUUCUCGACUUCUUUAAUGCAUUUCUCAGUUCCAGUUCGUUUCCUAUUCCUCUUUACUACGAUCGGCUAACUGGAAACAUCCUCGAAGUUGACAUCGAUACUUCGGCUUCAGUCGACGACCAACCUGCCAAAUACGGUCCAAAUGACGAAGAACGUGAAAGAAUCUUCAUCUGGGUUAAAAAUGACCGCCUUCCUUUAUUUUUGACUUCCAAAUUCUACCUGGAAUAUAAACUAAGCAAGCAUUUGGUCCGCACUCUUGAAAUUCGAAGAGCCUCCACGUAUAGCGGUCUCGGAGGGUACAGUCGGCAAACGAGAAGCGACUCCACUUCAACUUUCAUGAACAGCGCUUCUAAAAAUAGCACAACCGAAUCAAAUGAGUACGAAAACGAAAGCAACGCCUGGCCCGAAAUUAGGUUCUCGGCUUUCAAAUACCUUCGGCCCGGAUCGAGAGCCUUCAGUUUGCCAAUCUCAAUAAUGCGCGGGAACAGAAACCGAGACGGGUUCUAUAACAGCGACUCUGAUUCCGGCGGGGGAAGCCCGGUCGACACGAGUCGGAAUAAUCACGUUUCGGCUGCAAAGCAGCUGAAAAAUGGUGAGCCGAAAAGUAUUUUGAAGUCGGGCGGGAAUGCCAAUAAGAAAAGUGUUCAGCUUUCGUCAACUGAAAAACUAGCUAGUAGCAAAAAGACGAAUGAUGAUUCAGACGAAAACGAAAUUGAGGUUCUAAACUUGGCGAGUACUUCGACAAAAUCGGUCAAGAGAAAUGUGAACGAUGAACAUUUCUACGACGACUUGGACGACUUCAAAUACGAGUUUGAUGGUGAUUCAGCCGACAACAAUGAUGAAGACGGCGACGACGAGCAACUCCGAAGUGCAAAGUCAUCGGUUUUCGAGAAAUCGGCCCGCAACAUCAACAACCGCCUUUUAACUGGAAAAGCGCGCCAAAAUCCGACCGGUGAAACUGAUGAAAAUGGGUUGCGAUAUAGUACCUUAAAAGGAAACUCAUCUACUCGAUUUAGAAGACGAACAACAGCUCAUAAGAGAAGAACAGUUUUGCAACAGCUUAAAGAAGAGUUUCUGAGCACUAGAGAUGGCUUAGAAAAUUUCAAGACUUUUCUGACAAACACUGAAAACGGGAAAGAUUUGAUCGAAUUUUGGGUCGAAGUUGAACAGUUUAAAGACGAGCUCGAACAAUUUGAAGAAUUUGGCGAGGAUCGAAUAAGUGGAAAGCAGUUUCGACAAAUUUUCCGAGAAAUCAUGAACAAGUACAAUUUGUCACGUGAAACAAAAGAGCAAAUCAGGAAAUCACUGCAAAGUGAUGGUUUUAGUAUAACUGCGUUUAUGCGAACCCAGUAUGAUAUUUUGAGGAGAAUCCGGACUUACUGGGUUCCGAGGUACCUGGAACACAUGGAACAAACCGAAGGAAUCCGAGUUCCCUCGGCGUUCCGGCUACUUUCAUUGGACACGAAGUCAAAGCCUUCUAGCACAGCAGGCGUUACGAACAUAACCGACCGACAAAGUGCGGUAGACUUAAUUGAAAACGAUCCAGAUUUUAAUGAACUGGAUAACCAGAAAUCAGCUAGUAUAAUUCCAGACAAGCUUCAAGACUUUUCACUGCAUCCAUACAUAGAUGUCUCAAAAACACUACCUCUAAAACCGGACGAUUCAGUUAUCAGACUGUUGAACAACCCUCUCAAAACGUGGAGCGAUGUUCAGGGGUUCAAUAAAAGUCACGUGUCACGGGUCAAAAGCGGGGUUAAAAGAACGCCUGAUGAAUGGACCAUAGCAUUGCAGCCACGUGAAGACUUCUUUAUGAAGAGCAUCGAAAAUGACAAGCAAACCGGAAGCCCUUUUUUCAGACAUCUCCAAAAACAGUGUUUAAAUGCAACCAGUGCUGAACAAGACAAGUUUCACAUGAAAAACUUGGCUAAAUUUUUAUUUUGGCAAGACGCAAAGUCCUUCGAAAAAACGGCCAAACUGUAUUCGAAUCAACAGAUAAAAACAGCUUCGGCUUGGAAUAUUUUCAAUAAAUAUUUCAACCCGCUCAGCUUGUGGUUUAUAGAAGUGCCUCAUGACGAAAUCGAAAAAAUGAGAGUUGAACUUCAAGUCAAAAAAGACAAUCUGAAUAGCCUUAUUUUUGAGCCAAUAGCAGAGAGAGUUGUCAAAGAUCUAGAACAGUCUUGGGUGAGGUAUAACAAGGAUGAUUUGAGAACUUUUCUGGUGUAUCGGGGAGAAAAUGGAAGUCAGUUGCUGAACAGAUUUGCAAGCGCGUCCGGAAUUAGACUGGAAAAAGAUGACCUCAAGUUCAGGAAAAUUCCGGGGUCAACUGAAAGUCAAAUCAAAACUCGCCUCGAAAAAGAAAGAUUGAAGAGAGAAAAGGAGCAAGAAGUUCUGGAAAUGGAGAGACGGAAGUUGAUGUCCGAAGAACGAGACAGAAUUCGGCUCGAGAGAAAAAUGUAUUUGCAAAACCAAAAACGAAAGCUUCACGAGAUGAUGACGGAUGAAAUUGGCGAUAAUGUAGCUCAAUUUGAAAGGAAAGUCUCGUCGCGAAAAAUCAAAACUCGCGAAAGCGACAAUCGACGAGCUGCGGCCGAGCAAGCCUCAAUAGCGAAACGAAAAGCGAGCAAGAAACACAAGCAAAAAACAGCUUGGCUUCAAAGUCUGACACUGAACGCAUGUUUGGAGGACGAAACUCUAUCACAAAAGUUCAUAGAGUACUUGUUAGAUUGCGAGUCAAGCGACGCUCAAAACAGAAUCAAACUUUGCAAAGACCUUGAAACGUAUUUCACACUGACGAAAAUGGGCGAAAAAGAAAACUUAGGCAUGGAAAUUGUGAGUAAAUACAUGAGGCGAGAAGCCAGUUUGAAAGUUGAUUUGCCGAGAAAGUUGAUUAUUCGAGAAAUCAGGCCUCAAGAGUCGAAACUGCAGGCUGUUUUCGAUUACAUCAAACCCGAAGUUGAGGAGUAUUUUGAGGUUUUCAGAGAAGGGAUGCUGUAUUUGGCCAGUAUGGAGAACAGCAAGAAGCAGCUUGGAAAUAUGAGACUGUAUCCUCCUAUGUGGAACAAACGGAAGAUUGACAAUGGACUGACAGAUGAGGAUGAAGACCAGCCUGCUAAAAUAAGCCCAUCUGCAGAUGACAAAGAAAUGCUCAAAACAGCACUGGACAGACCGCAGGAGGAGCGGAUGUUGGCGAUGCUGCACUCUUUCUACAAACACCUGCAGAGGUGUGCCAAGGGGGGCGAUUGUCACCCCCUCCUCCCCAAGGGACUCAUAUUCUGCUUCGAGGUGUCUCGUCUGCGUGAGUUGAUCCACCAGAACAAUGACCCCCCUGCUCUGAGUAGGAAGAUAGAAGCCAUCCUAGAUGCAUUCCUGGAGAGCCAAGCGGAACCCCGGAUCCAGCUGGAUAUCCCGGUGGACUUGGUUGUACGCAUAUGCAAACAAGGCCGAUUUUUCGCCAAGAACGAACAGUACAGUGAGAUCAGUGGCUUCGUGGACGCCUACGAACGCAUCUUCAAACUACUCUGUCCAUAUUUCGCCGCCUUCUUCAAAUACUAUAAGGCCCCUGUGAUGGUGGAAAAGAACCCGCAGAAGCACAAAAUGCUCAGACUGAUGGACUUGGAGGUGCAGAAGAGACACGAGGAGUGGAGGGCCAGGUGUGCGACUCCGAAGCUGGUUUAUAAGCUGCCGAAACUUUCGAACAAGUCGAAACAUCAGAAAGGAGUGCAGGUCUCAUUCUCCAUCCAAGAAGGAAUCAAAUGCAGGACUCCGACAGAAGACGAGAUGAAAGCAUUGGACGCUCAGAACCAUGCCAUAGCAGACCAAGUGAGAUUCGAGGAGAACAGACGAUAGGGGAGAGGUAUCCACAGAAAUCAACACAAAAAAAGAAUCUACAAGCAUCUAUUUAUCAAUCAUCCAUCACAAUACUCGACAGCGAGAAACUGAAACUGAAGCGAGAUAUACAACAUAAGCAUAGAUAUAUUAAUAUAUACAUAGAGAAAUACAUAAACAGAUAUAUAACAAGAAUAAAUGUGCCGACUUUCGAAGAAAAAGACGGUAUAUUUGUGCUCGGGUUGUUUAUUUUUCAGGUAUAUUUAGGUUUUCUUAUCAUCCGAAAAAAAAUGAUCUAACAAACCCAAACCUAUAAAGAUAUUAUACCCGCGUUAAUUUUUUGGAAAAUUAUGGUGGUUUGAAAAUGGCAAUUCGAUUAAUUGAGGACAAAUAUUGCAUAUCAUGUUACCUUUAACACUUAGCGCACUCGGCAAGUUGGGCUCAGAAAUCAUUCCAUACUUAAUUGACGCAAGCUAUUCGGGCCACAUAAUUUGCGGCAAGACAAUAAAUUGAUCAUUUUGCUCUUGAGAUAUUGUAGAAAAAGGGCAUAUUUAUUAUUUUUCGUUGAAAAAGUGAUGAAGUCUUUUUACCGAAAACUGGUUAAGAUACCUUGUAGAUGAGUUCGAACAAUGAUGAAUUUGCCCUGACACGCGAAGUUUUGUUUGAAACGUCUUGAGUAAAAAUGAUAGCAUUUUAAAAAAGUCUCAAUAUUUAAGUUGCCGAGUAAAUUAAUUCAACUAUGCACAAUUAA